AUGCAAAGUGAAUUUGAGAUGACUGAUUUGGGGGAAAUGACAUACUUUCUUGGCAUGGAGAUAAACCAAUCGGCAGAUGGGAUUUUUGUGUGUCAAAGGAAGUAUGCAAAUGAGAUUUUGAAGAAGUUUAACAUGGAGAAUUGCAAUCCGGUGAGCACACCUUUGGUGCAAAACCAAAAGUUGUGUAGAGAAGAUGGUGCAAGCAAGGUUGAUGAGUCCAUGUAUAGAAACCUAGUAGGUUGCUUGUUGUAUUUGACAACAACUAGGCUUGAUCUAAUGUAUGCCUCCAGCCUUCUAUCUAGGUUCAUGAAUGAACCAAGAGAGAUUCAUUUUAGAGCAGCAAAAAGGGUGUUGAGGUACAUAAAGGGAAGUGCAGACUUGGGAAUAUGGUUUAGAAAAUCAGAGAAGUUCAAUCUUGUUGGCUUUACAGACAGUGAUUGGGUUGGCUCUCUUGAUGACAUGAGAAGCACUUCUGGUUAUGUGUUUUCUUUAAACUCAGGAGCAUUUUGUUGGCUCUCCAAGAAGCAAGAGAAUGUAGCAUAA